AUGCAGCCCAAGGCCCUACUUUUCGAUACUUUUGGCACAGUCGUCGAAUGGCGAUCUUGUGUCACAACCGCCUUGAGCAGUGCAACCCAACAAGCUCUGACAGAUCCUUCCAAGGAAAUCUCUACCGAAGCCCGAGUGCGCGCAUCACAAUUGACCACCUCAGAUUGGGUCAGCCUAGUCGAAGAAUGGCGGAUGUCAUAUGCAGUAUUUACGAGAGAUUUUGAUCCCUCCAAAAAAUUCGUAUCGGUAGAUCAGCACCACUACACAGCUCUACAAGAUCUCCUCUCUGCGCGGGGACUCCGAGAUUUGUUCUCUGAUGACGAGCUACGGGAUCUGACUUUUGCUUGGCAUCGGCUCAAUCCUUGGCCAGAUAGCGUCUCUGGAUUGGCACGGCUUAAUACUGCAUUUAUCACGGCCACACUGUCUAACGGGAAUAUUUCUCUGCUGGAAGAUCUCAAAGAGUUUGGGUCUCUUCCUUUUCAGCAUCUUGUAAGUGCUGAAAACUUCCAGGCCUACAAACCUUCACCUAAGGUGUAUCUUGGUGCAGCGAAAUUGCUGGGGGUUGAACCCAGUCAAUGUGCUUUGGUGGCGGCUCAUCUUCAUGAUUUGAAAGCUGCGAAGGACUGUGGAUUCCACACGAUCUAUGUUGAGCGGGAAGCAGAGGAUACAUGGAAUGCUGAGCAGAUUGCGCAGGCUAGGGAGGAUGGAUUCGUUGAUAUCUGGAUUGAACUGAAUACAGGGGGCUUUAACGAGGUAGCUCGGCUAUUGGGAAUCGAAUAG